AUCCUUGCUUUCCUAGAAAUUAGAGCGCAUCCCUGCUUUCGAAAUUGAAGCGUUGAGGCAUCCCUGCUUUCGAAAUUGAAGCAUUGAGGCAUCCCUGCAACUUCAUCGAGAGUGGUAAUCUGGGCAGGUUCUUGUCUGCGGGCUUGAUUGGAAACAGUUAGAAGGAUCCUUCAAGGGCAGACUAGCAAUUUAUUUUCCAGAUGUGGACGUCGCGUAUCCUACGUGAAUACAGAUGCCUUAAUUGGAUCAAGUAGCUAGACGCGGACUCUUGUGGAGAGUCACAUUCAGUCCUCUUUUGCGACACCUUUUGCUAGUCGUCAUUCCGGUGCAAAUCACAAGAGGCACGCCUUUCAAAAGUUAGUGCUGGGAAACAUAUCCAGGGAGUAAGUGGGGUUGAGGUUCCGCAAUAGUGACUCAUACGCACCUGUUGGGGGGACUUUCUAUGGUUUUUGACCAGUUGUUGAAUUAUCUCCAGAGCUCUUUCUAUGUUGAGACCGUCAGAAGUGGUACCUGCAUAGCCUUUUGACCUGCAACGAGUAGUUAACCAAUCAAAGGAUACAUCAGGGAUGACUGCGCCGUUUUCCAUCGCUGCCCUGCAAGAAGACUUGGCAGCAGCGAAGGCGCAUUUUGAUAAGUGGGCCAUUGCGAGGUUGAAUGCGUUGGAGGACGCAAAGGUGGAGCAUGUGGACCUCAUGCGGGAGGCAGAUGGAAGGGUCCAGGACUUGAGCGAAGAGGAGGAGAAGCUGAAUGAGACGGCGGCGGCGCUGCAGAAAUUGUUGGAGGAGCAGCGCGUGAGCCUGGAGCACUACCAGAAGGAGUUGGCGGAUAUCCGGGAGGAGGAGGCGAGCCUUCCGCCCCGGCUGGCAGAUUUGGAGGACACUGUCAGCAAGGAAAAGCAGGAGAUUGACAAGGAGAUCAUCGAGCUGGAGGACGAAGGGGCCGUGAAGGAGUCAAAGGCCGAGGCGCUGCUCUUAGGGGACGAACUGUAUCGGAAGCACUUGGGACUGCGCUUCGAGCACACGCCGAGGGAUCUUCUCAGGCUUGUCUUCACACAGAUUGACCCAAGGGAUACGAAGCGGGAGUUCUCGUGUCAGCUGCACGUCACCUCAACAUACACGGUACUAGAUUGCAGUCCGCAAGUUUCUGGUAUCGAAGAGCUGCAAACAAUGGUAAACGAAACGAACGAUUUCUCCCUGUUUGUGCGGCUUUUACGGAGGAAGUUCAAGGAACUCGUAAGUACUUAGUUAGAUUCUUGGUUCGGCCCACUGUGAGCUGAGGAGUAGCGCAAAUUGGCUGAGUCGAGUAAACAUUCGCACAUUCAACUUUAUUACUUGUACAGCCUGGGAUUGCGUGACCAAAGAGUGUUGGCAAUCGCAUUUAUGCCGACCCCAAAAGGACAGUCAGAGCAACAAUUAGAUGGAAAGCAGUCCACCAGUUGCAUGCAUGCAUCGGAGCUUCAAUGGCUGAAUUAGAGGCCGCCAGUGGCCACGCUCGACCAU